AUGGCGGGCCGCGGCCGCCGCGCCUGGCUCAGCGUGCUGCUGGGGCUGGUGCUGGGCUUCGUGCUCGCCUCGCGGCUCGUCCUGCCCCGCGCCUCCGAGCUGGCGGCGGCGGCGCGGCCCCGUCGGAGCCGCCCGUCGGGGUGCCGCCCGCCGCCGGCAGCGGCCGCAGCCGCCGCCGCCCCUCUUCUCCCGCAGCCGCGCCGCCCCGGUCCGCCGGCGCAGAGCUUCCUCUUCGUGGGGGUGAUGACGGCGCAGAAGUACCUGAGGAGCCGCGCCGUGGCCGCGCACCGAACCUGGUCCAAAAGCAUUCCUGGCAAGGUUGAAUUCUUCUCCAGUGAGGGUUCGGACACCUCCAUCCCCAUCCCCAUCGUGCCGCUCCCCGGUGUCGAUGACUCUUACCCACCCCAGAAGAAAUCUUUUAUGAUGCUCAAAUACAUGCAUGACCACUACUUGGACAAAUACGAAUGGUUUAUGAGAGCCGAUGACGACGUUUACAUCAAAGGGGACAAACUGGAGAACUUCCUGAGGAGUUUGAACAGCAGUGAGCCCCUCUUUCUUGGGCAGACCGGCCUGGGUACCACGGAGGAGAUGGGGAAGCUGGCGCUGGAGCCGGGUGAGAACUUCUGCAUGGGGGGACCCGGAGUGAUCAUGAGCCGGGAGGUCCUGCGGAGAAUGGUGCCCCACAUUGGCGAGUGCCUGCGAGAGAUGUACACCACCCACGAGGACGUGGAAGUGGGAAGAUGCGUGCGGAGGUUUGCGGGCGUGCAGUGCGUGUGGUCAUAUGAGAUGCAGCAGCUGUUUUAUGAAAACUAUGAGCAGAACAAAAAAGGCUACAUCAGAGACCUGAGGAACAGCAAAAUACACAGAGCCAUAACGUUGCACCCGAACAAGAACCCCCCCUACCAGUACAGACUGCACAGCUACAUGCUGAGCCGCAAGAUAGCAGAGCUGCGUCACCGGACCGUGCAGCUGCACCGAGAAAUUGUCCUGAUGAGCAAAUACAGCAAUACAGAAGUUCACAAAGAGGACCUGCAGCUGGGCAUGCCGCCCUCCUUCAUGCGGUUCCAGCCCCGGCACCGGGAGGAGAUCCUGGAGUGGGAGUUCCUUACAGGCAAGUACCUGUACUCUGGUGCUGACGGGCAGCCCCCUCGAAGGGGGAUGGACUCGUCCCAGCAGGAAGCGCUGGAUGACAUCGUGAUGCAGGUCAUGGAGAUGAUCAACGCGAAUGCUAAGACCAGGGGGAGGAUCAUUGAUUUCAAGGAGAUACAGUAUGGCUAUCGCAGGGUAAACCCGAUGUACGGAGCAGAGUAUGUGCUUGACUUGUUGCUGCUUUACAAAAAACACAAGGGCAAGAAGAUGACCGUCCCCGUCAGGAGGCACGCGUACUUGCAGCAGACCUUCAGCAAGAUCCAGUUUAUGGAGCAUGAAGAGAUGGACGCCAAAGAGCUGGCCAGCAAAAUCAACCAGGAUUCUGGGUCCUUGUCUUUCCUCUCCAACUCGCUGAAGAUGUUUGUUCCAUUCCAGCUCAGCAGAUCCAGGGUAGAGAGGAAGGAACUCAAAGACCAGAAGAUCAACAUCCUGAUUCCUCUCUCUGGACGUUUUGAUAUGUUUGCAAGGUUCAUGGGGAAUUUUGAGAAGACGUGCCUCAUUCCCAACCAGAACGUCAAGCUGGUUGUCCUGCUCUUCAAUUCCAACUCCAACCCUGACAAAGCAAAACAGAUCGACCUGAUGAGAGAGUACCGCUCCAAGUACCCCAAGGCUGACAUGCAGGUUUUACCGGUGUCCGGGGAGUUCUCAAGGGCACUGGCUCUGGAAGUCGGAUCCUCUCAGUUCCAGAACGAGUCUUUACUUUUCUUCUGCGAUGUUGACUUAGUGUUUACCACAGAAUUCCUCCAGAGGUGUCGAGCCAAUACGGUUUUGGGUCAACAAGUAUACUUCCCCAUCAUUUUUAGCCAGUACGAUCCAAAGAUUGUGUAUAGUGGAAAGGUUCCUAGUGACAAUCAUUUUGCCUUCACCCAGAAAACAGGUUUCUGGAGGAACUAUGGCUUUGGUAUUACCUGCAUUUACAAAGGUGACCUUAUCCGAGCAGGGGGCUUUGACGUCUCCAUCCAAGGUUGGGGCCUCGAAGACGUUGACCUUUUCAACAAAGUCAUUCAAGCCGGCUUAAAAACUUUCCGAAGCCAAGAAAUUGGAGUAGUCCACGUGCAUCACCCUGUUUUUUGUGACCCUAAUCUUGAUCCAAAACAAUAUAAAAUGUGCUUGGGGUCCAAAGCUUCCACGUAUGGGUCCACACAGCAGCUGGCUGAAAUAUGGUUUGAAAAAAACGACCCCAGUUUUGGGAAAAGCAGCAAUACUAAUGGCUCAGUGAGGACAGCCUAAUAUCCAGCUAUGCUGGAAAAGACUUUUUUUUUUAAUUAUCUAAUUUAUUUUUGGGAAAAUGUUUUUUGAUAAUUCACUUUUAAAAGACCACACAGGAUAUAUUUUAGCAAUCAUUGCUGUUUUCUUACAAAGCGCUCACUUGGAGAAGGACGAGGCCGUUGGUUUUUCUGUCGUUGUCUUUUUGGUUUUGAACGAAAACUGUGAUCAGUAUUUGCCUUCAGUCCAACCAACCAACCCAACCGUUCCGGAGUUACCUGAGCGAGCUGCAGGCGCCUGACUUGAAUUAGAAUUCCCUUAGGAACAAAAGACUGUUUCCUACCUUUCCCGUUGCUGGAUUCUGUCGCUUGGGAGCUGAGCGCUCGAGGGACAAAGCGCUGCGUCCGAGCGUUCUGUUGUGACCACCGCAGUGCAAAGAUUCCAAGUUUUGUUGAGGAGAGCUGUGCUUUUUGGAAAUCCAACCACGUCAGAACAAAGGAAUGGGUGCAGGAGGUUUCCCAACAGGCCCACGGUUUGGGUUACGCAUGCACUUAUUACGGGUGGGCAGCCUGCACCCUGCAGAGCCCAGUGGAAAUCUUUGUCUUUUAUAUUCGGUCCGUAUCCGGAUCUCACGCGUUAAGAAUCCGUGGUAGAUUCUGUGUAUUUUCCUCAACCGCUGUCCUGCACGGAGCUGAGACUGAGAGAGAGGUGGAGGGGAACGGAGGGAACCAGAAUCUCUUGCAGAGAAGCAGCAGUGCACCAGGAAC